GUGACGCGGUCUGACGCAGUGACGGCGGCCUGCUGCACGAUGGCGCCUUUUGGGGCUGGUUCAGCUGCUCCUUCGCGGCCUGAGGCCGGCUCGGGCUUGGUAUACUCACAGCUCCUCCAGCAUCUGGUAGGGGAGCAACGGCAGCCACGGGCCUUGGCUUCUGCCGUGCUCGGCGGAAUCCCCUCAUCGGUUAAAUCAGAUGAACAGAAAAUGGUGGAACGGGCGAUGGAGAGCUGCGGCUUCAAGGCUGCGCUGGCCUGUGUUGGAGGCUUUGUGCUCGGUGGUGCAUUUGGAAUCUUCACGGCUGGUAUUGAUACUAAUGUUGGCUUCGAUCCAAAGGAUCCAUUGCGGACGCCAACUGCCAGGGAAGUUCUGAAAGACAUGGGGCAGCGUGGAAUGUCAUAUGCAAAGAAUUUUGCUAUCGUUGGGGCAAUGUUUUCUUGUACAGAAUGCAUCAUUGAAUCGUACCGUGGGAAGUCAGAUUGGAAGAACAGUGUGCUGAGUGGCUGUGUAACAGGAGGAGCAAUUGGUUUCCGAGCUGGCCUAAAGGCAGGAGCCAUUGGAUGUGGUGGGUUUGCUGCCUUUUCUGCAGUCAUUGACUACUACUUACGGUGAAGUAAACUCUGAACUGUCUUGCUGCAAGUCGAAUGGGACUAUUGGCUGUCAAAGUCCCUACACAGCGAGUGAGCUGGAACUGACUCAUGUGAAGUAAGGACAUGUGCUGGAGAUCUGAAUGAGCACACACUGACUGCAGCCAGUGUCUCACAACACGUAUUGUUGCCAUGGGACAAACACAGGACGUAUUGAAACAGUGAAAGGUCUGAAUGGAGAUUCCAUUCUAGGACAGAGGUCAGGUUUUGAUCUGUUGUUGCUGUGUCCUAUAAUGUAAAAGAUAUAUUGACAUGAUGGAAUGGAAUAAAAUCUAUUGUUUUAUAAA